AACCAUUAGAUUUACAUUGAUCAGCUUCGACCAAUCUCAACGGUCAACUCUCAUUUUCUCUUAUAUUGAACUUCGGGUUUAGGAUUAGAAAAUCGGGGCCUGAGGUUUAUCCAUUAGAGGUUAGGGUAUAGUAUUAUACCCCAAACUCAGUUUAAUUUUUGGUCUAGAUAGAUAUAUUUCACUAUGAGUACAUGGAGCAUAGUAUGCUCUAGGAGCACACGAGUCUAACCCCUAGCCGGUUGCCUGCUUCCAUCUCCUUCUAUACGACCAUCAACCUUCCUUCUUCCUUUUUCUUCUUCCAUAUCUCUCCCAAUUGAUCCCGACUUCCCCGAAGAUUUCUCCCUUACGUCGCCAUCAGCGGCGGAUCCAGAACACAGAAGAGCACUGGGCCGCAUUUUAUUAGAAAAUUAGAAUCGUAAAAAAAUAUAAUGAUUAUAGUUUUUUGCAAUGUAAAUUGUACACGACUGUAUUUUAAUUUAGGGAAUGCAUCAAUAAUGGAGCCUACAUCCAUACCAAUAGUAUACACUAUUUCAAAUAAAAUACUUGAGCAAUCGACGAGAAAUUCAUCGCUUAUUUUUUUGAGCAAAUCAGUUAUCACAUGUUUCAUUGUUGAAAAUGUUCUCUUCGUAGUAGCUGUUGAAACGAGCAAUCGACGAGAAAUUCAUCGCUCAUUUUUUUGAGCAAAUCAGUUAUCACAUUUUUUUAGACGCAUAAUCUUUGGGGCUAAAAUUUCUAGGCUAAAUUUAGAGUAGUGAUUUGAAUAUGUCCAACUUGAUAAUUUUUCUAGUUAAACCCAAUCUUAACAUAGAAUAACACUGACUCGAAUGUCUAAAAUCAAAAAUUUCAUAAGGACUAUAGUAACUAUGGAUCCAGAGGAGGGCUGGGCCGGGGCCUGGGGUGGCCACCCCUGGAUCCGCCAGUGGUCGCCAUAAACACGCCUUCUUUCCGGCAAAUCGAGGGGCAGAAUCUGUUCAUCGCUCCAUCUUUGCUCAUGUACGUUAAAUCAAAGGCCCCCUUGAUCAAUUUCACCCCUCCAACCCUUCUUCCUUUCUAAUAUGUCCUCUAUCUUCUUCCUUUUUACCUCCGCCGAUGACGGCGAGCAAUAACAAGGACGAUUUUGGAGAAGUCCAAUCAUCGUCGAAAUUUAACCUUCUCUAGUCCCUACAUCAUCCCUUCCAAAUCGCUAAGCCUUCCUUGUCUCAUCAUCUUACGCCUUUGACCUUCCUAGUCGACAUGCAAGCCUCCUGCCGGUGAUGACGAGUUCAAUGAGUGUUGCCGUUGCUUCCUCAGUAGGAAUGGCAAUGGGUAGGUCUGGGGCGGGUAUCAUGCUACCCAUAUCCGCCCGUGGGAGGUUGGGUCCAGGUCGGGUAAUUUAUCACGGGUCGCGGGUCUGGGCAGGUCGACCCAAUGGGUAUGCUAUUUAAAUGGAAAACAUUAGAAAUAUUCGUUCAUUUCAUUAUAAGAAUAAGAAAACAAACCAUAUUAUGAUAAAUGUACUUAUAUUAUUGAAGAAAUUGAGGUUUUCACUAAUUUACAACUUUGUUAUAGCUUAAAUUUGAUGUAAUAAAAGGAAAAUCCUGAGUAAUUUGAAUAAGAUUACAUGUAAUUUAGGUAAGGAUAGGUCGAGAAUGCGAUGGGUUAGAGCAGGUCAGAUCGAUGAGAGUACCCAUGCCCGUCCCACCCCGCCUAUGGGGCGGGUCGGACUCACCCCAAAACAGGCCAAACGGGUCGGGUAAAACGGACCAAGUCAAAAUUGCCAUCCCUAUUCGUCGGUGUUCUUUGCUGCUGAGGAUUUCGAAUCGACUGCCGAUGAUAAUUAGCAGUGAAGUCCGCGUGAAUUGUUUGGAGCUGAAGAUAGGGAUGCUUUUGGGUUGGGCGACUGACGUGUAUCUAGAAUUCGCCAAGCAAGCCAUCGCACCUUGCUCUGAACCAGUCCCAGAUGUGUGCAAUUUCUGGCGGGGGAGAUCGCAAUUUCUUGUUCAAGAAGACAGAAUUUGGAAGAGGAAAGGGGCAAGAAGAAAAGACCCAACAUAGAAGAUGGGUUAGGAAUUUGGCUAAAAUUCUAAUUUUAAUUUUUUAUUAAAAUCUCUCAUCUAUUGCCAAACACGUUAUUUUCGCAAAAUCCUACACUUAAAAUACCAGGUUUUUAAUGUGAGAUUUGAGACUCAAAUCACUAGUUUUAAAAUCCUCAAAUCACUAGUUUUUCCUUAUGACUUGAUCGUUAGAGGUUAAAUCCAAAUUUCAAACUUGGUCUUCUCUGCUGUUAUGCAAAUGAAAUGAACGACCAUCACUUACAAGGAAAAACUUAUUCUCUCCACUUCAACCCUUAUAUUCUCUAAUACGUGACUUCGAAUGCAAAUUUAUUACUUCGAGUCCCCAACCCUAUAUGAUCCUAAGACCUUGGCUAGAAUAUCCUCUAAGAGCAAUUGGAGUCGUUUUUUGCUUUGACUUAUGAGCCUCAACUCUCACAAUAAUAUAAUGAAUCAUCUAAAUUGAUUUGAGAUGUAGUGCUAGUUAGUGGAGUGCGUGAACACAAAAACAUCUAUAUUCGGUUUUUAUUUAUAUAUUGAUGUGCAUUAUUAUGGUGGGAAGCCAUAUGAUCGAUACAUGUACAUCAUCUCACCUUACCGGAACCCAGGGGUAGAGCUACCUUAGGUUUCAAGGCCAAAUUUUGAGAAUCAUGUAUAAUUUUUCUAUGAGUUUUGAAAAUUACAUAUAAACUAAAGCAGGAGAUAAAUUUAAAAGUGUGCAUUUCAUAAACAAAGCCAUUACUUUAGCUCAGUGAAAAAACUGUCACUCUAUUGACCAUUUGUCAUUGGUUAAUACCUAAUAGUAGUAACGUUAGUUCUUUUUUACUUAUCAUAUUUAAUUUUUUCAUAAAGUUAAUUUGGUCGUUUAACUUUCAUAUUAUAGUUUGGCAAAAUACAUUUUGGCGAAAUACCACUAAUAGCCACUUUUGAAAGAUGUUGUGUGUCAGAUAUAGCUAUUUCCGUUAGAAACUAUAACGGUGUUGAUAACACCAUCAACUUAUUUGACGGUCGUCUGACGAGGCGCCAAUUCAGCGGACACGUCAGCGACAACCAAGCAAAUAGUUACACGUCAGCUUAAUAAUUUUUUGUAAAUCAAUCUAAAAAAUUAACCCUUUUAUUCCCACCUGCUUGAUUCGCACGAGCCUUCCUUCUUCCCCAUCUCUUGCCAGAAAACGAAAUUAGGGUUCUUCCCAAAUUUCCUCUUCCACACGCAAUUAUUACAAAAAAAUAAUAUCGAGAAAUUGGUAUCUCUCCGUUAUCCUUCUUUUCGCCUUCCCACCUUCAUUUCCUCUUCUUCGAAAUCCCAAUUGACAAACCCAUUCAAACAAAAAAUCCAAAAAAAAUCCCCAUGUCGUCGACUGUGCUUUACUCAGAAGGACAAUCCAUUUCUUCUCCCUAGGCCGAUUUUUGUUUUUAGCUUGAGAGGAGGAGGAUGCGACGAGAUUUGGUCAGGAUACAGAUCCAACUAGUGACCCGACAACCAGAUCCGGUCUCAACAUCCAAAGUGCUAGAGUAGGCGCCGUUGAAAGAGGGGAUUUUGGCGGCGACAGCGAGACCCUAGAACCGGCAGCAACGUAAAAUUGGAAUAGAAUCGAGCUCCAGAAGACAUUGGAGGAGAAUCGAGCGCCAGGCAGAGGCUCCUUCUCUUCUGUCGGCACCCCCACUGGGUCGACGACUUAAAACAGUUUUGCUGGCUAGAAGGUCGCCGCCACCAACCGUCAUGGAAAGCCUCUUGAAGAACAACGUAAAACAGCAUCUCCACGAAUCGAAAUGGUGGUGGUGGUAUCAGAUUGAUUUGGGGAAUGAAAGGUUUCAAAUGGU